AUGGACAUCAACUCCCCGGCUGGUUUCGGGUUAGCAAUCUGGCUAAUCCUACAAGGCCGGCCAAAUGCAUUCUUCUGCCUCUUGGCGCCGGUCUGCAGCUCGUGGGUGCUAACCAACACCGGCACGAGCCAAAGGUCCAUUGCCUUUGCCGAAGGGAACAGUAACCUAGCUUACGUUCGUGCGGCCAACCAGAUGACAUCUCGGACCGUACUGUUGGCAGUGCUCAUUACCGCUUUGGGGGGAACUUUCAUGAUAGAGCAGCCUGGCAGUUCCCUGAUGCGAUAUUACUUCCGCAUGCAAUGGCUAUUUCGUCAACUGCCGGCCUCAUGGCUGUUUUACUAUGUUGGACGCUUUGUAUAG